GUGUCCGGCGGGAAACGCUGGUGGAUACAUUUCCGACAGGGCUACUCCGCAUUUUCUCGCGUUGUUUUAAUAGCUUAAUGGCGAAGCGGUAGGAUUUUAAACUUUUCCAGCUCACAGAGGAAGCAUGGCGUUUCCAACCAUGUUCCAGACGAAGGUUAGAAUCCUGCAGAGGUUGCUGCGGUGCAAACACACGGCAGGAAGCAAGGCAUUCCGCUCCAGGCUGGUUUUAGGCAUCGAGACGAGCUGCGAUGAGACUGGAGCCGCUGUGAUGGACGAAACUGGAGCCAUACUGGGAGAAUCCCUGCAUUCCCAGAAGGAGGUUCAUCUGAGGACUGGCGGCAUCAUCCCGACCGUAGCUCAGGCUCUACACAGAGGAAACAUCGAGCGCGUGGUGCAGGAGGCUCUAGACCGGAGCGGCGUGGCGCCGGCCCAGCUGGGCGCCGUGGCCGCCACCGUGAAGCCCGGCCUGGCUCUGAGUCUGGCUGUGGGCUUGAGCUUCAGCCAGCGCUUCGUGAGGCACCACAACAAGCCGUUCAUCCCCGUCCACCACAUGGAGGCCCACGCCCUGACCGUCAGGAUGCUGCAGCCGCUCCACUUCCCCUUCCUGGUGCUGCUGGUGUCCGGAGGUCACGCCCUGCUGGCCGUGGCGCGGGGCGUCGACGACUUCCUGCUGCUGGGCCGAUCGCUGGACGAAGCUCCAGGAGACACGCUGGACAAGGUGGCGCGCCGUCUGUCCCUCAGGAAACUGCCGCGCUGCGCCGCGCUGAGCGGCGGCCAGGCCAUCGAGCUGCUGGCGCAGGACGGCGACAGGAAGAGGUUCCGCUUCAGGACGCCGAUGGGACAAACGCCCGACUGCUGCUUCUCCUUCGCCGGGCUGCGGAACCAGGUCACCUUGCUGAUCCAGAAGCAGGAAGUCGAGGAAGGCGUAGAGGAAGGAACGGUGCUGUCGUGUGUGAACGACAUCGCCGCCGCCACGCAGCACACCGUGGCCUCACACCUGGCGAAGAGGACGCACCGGGCCGUCCUGUUCUGCAGAGCCAACCGACUGCUGCCGUCACAAAACCCGACGCUGGUGUUGUCUGGAGGCGUUGCCAGCAACCAGUACAUCCGUAAAGCUCUGGCGGUCGUUGCCGAGGUGACCGGGUUGCGGCUGCUCUGCCCUCCGGCCCGGUUCUGCACCGACAACGGAGCGAUGGUCGCCUGGAACGGAGUGGAGCGUCUGAGGGAAGGAACCGGGAUCCUGGCGCCGGAGGUGGAGGUCAGCUACGAGCCCAGAGCUCCGCUGGGCGUGGACAUCACAGCCGAGGUGAGGGCCGCCGCCAUCAGGCCGCCGCCCAUCCGGAUCAAGAUCCCAGCCUGACCGGCAGAACUCCCUCUAUCCAAACUGUGCAGAUAUGAAAUGUUUAUUUAUUAAUAAAGUAUUUUAAUAUGAA